CGAUAGUGGGAGAGGCAAUACUCAGUAGGAACAGCCUUAUUCGCGCCAAGUUUACUGUGAUUGGCCGACCGAUAUUUCUUGCAUCGUCAGAAUUCACCAUGACCCACCUCGAGUCAUGAUGCCUCUCGAGCCUUGUCUUCGAUCGCGAAGAAAACAGCAAUAAGUGACAAAGAAUACCCUCGUGUAUUGGAUUCCACACGGUCUGCUUCGCAAUGAUUGCACUCGGUCUCGAAGGAUCCGCCAACAAAUUAGGCGUUGGUGUAAUACUACAUCCUGCCAAAGGUGGCCCCGCACAGAUACUAUCCAACAUCAGAGACACAUACGUCUCGCCGCCGGGUGAAGGAUUUCUACCCAAAGACACCGCCAUUCACCAUCGCACCCAUGUCACAGAUUUAGUCAAGCGCGCCCUGAAACAAGCCGGCAUCACAAUUAACGAUGUCGACUGUAUCUGCUACACCAAGGGUCCCGGCAUGGGCGCACCAUUACAGAGCGUGGCGCUGGCCGCCAGAACGCUAAGUCUGCUAUGGAACAAGCCACUGGUCGGCGUCAACCAUUGCGUUGGACACAUCGAAAUGGGCCGAGAGAUCACAGGCGCGACGAACCCGGUAGUCCUGUAUGUGUCCGGAGGCAACACACAAGUCAUCGCCUACAGUUCGCAACGGUACCGAAUAUUCGGCGAGACGCUCGACAUCGCGGUGGGAAACUGCCUCGACAGGUUUGCGAGAACCCUAAACAUUUCAAAUGAUCCUGCACCGGGAUACAAUAUCGAACAGCUCGCCAAAAAGGGCAACGUUCUACUUGACAUUCCGUACGCCGUGAAGGGCAUGGAUUGUUCAUUCAGCGGCAUCCUCGCCCGAAUAGAUGAGCUUGCGGGACAGAUGAAGGCGGGCACCCUGAAGGACCCUGCCACAGGCAACGCUAUCACGCCUGAAGAUCUAUGCUUCUCUUUGCAGGAAACUGUUUUUGCAAUGCUGGUGGAGAUUACUGAGAGGGCAAUGGCUCAUGUUGGAUCGAACCAAGUGCUUAUUGUUGGCGGAGUAGGCUGCAACGAGCGGGUUCAAGAGAUGAUGGGUAUGAUGGCCAAGGACCGUGGUGGCGGUGUCUAUGCCACCGAUGAGCGGUUUUGCAUCGACAACGGCAUCAUGAUCGCACAUGCUGGCCUCCUCGCUUACCGCACUGGCUUUGAGACUACGCUUGAUGACAGUACCUGUACACAGAGAUUCCGGACCGAUGAUGUGCACGUUGCCUGGAGAGAAGAUUGAUUAUACGAAGGACGGCGCUACCUAUGACAUGCGCACAUCCCGCCAGCGGCUAUAGCGUCAUCAACCGUUCAUUCAUGACAUCGUUACAGUUUGAGAUGUGAGCCAACUUCCAGACUUUGCGAGGCACUUGGAAGCACCAAGCUUUACUAUCAAGACUGCUGAAACCUCGGAACGGGCUUGAAGGAGAUCGUCGUCACAUACUAUGCGAAAGGUCAGUUCG